AUGGAGAAAAGGGAGCAUGCAUCAAUUGAUAUCAAGAACCUGGCGGAUACAUUGAAUGGGAAGCUUAGCACCUUGCAUCCUUCGUCCGGAAACUGUUGCAUUUAUAGAAUUCCUCAACGAAUCCGACAGUUAAACGAAAGCGCAUGCACUCCUCGGGCAGUUUCCAUCGGUCCAUUUCACCAUGGCAAAAAGGAACUAAUGGCCACGGAAGAGCUAAAACUGGUAUUUUUACAAGAUUUCCUUAAACUAACAGAGAAAAGUACUAUGGAUUUUCUUUUAUAUGUAAAGGAUAAAGAAGUAGAACUGCGUGAAUGUUAUGCAGAAACCAUUAGUAUAGAAAGUAAUGAGUUUGUAGAAAUGAUAUUACUUGAUGCAGCCUUUGUCAUUGAAUUUUUACUAAAGGGCAACAGGAUCUCCAGUAGAGAGCAGUUGGCAGAGAUAUCUUCUUCCAUCGCUAUUGAUAUAUGGCCUGACAUAUAUCAGCUAGAAAAUCAACUUCCAAUGUUCAUGCUUAAGGGCUUGUUUGAGCUAGCCAUGCCCAUGAACGGAAUGUCUGAUGAUCUUUCCCUGCGCAAACUAAUCCGUAAUAUGAUGAUAAAUAUAGUUGGUUACUAUCUAGUGAAGAUAGAAGAAAAUUUGCUCGAAAACUGUUUUUCUAAAGCGAAGCACUUACUCGAUUGGUUGAGACUUUGUCUUCAACCACCAGAGUUUUACUCAGAAAAUGAACUCAAAACUGUAACUACACCUACUAUAACAGAACUUGAGCAAGCUGGGGUCAAGUUUAAGGUUGGUUCAAGCAAACAUUUUUUUGAUAUCAGAUUCAAAAAUGGGAUUCUGGAAAUUCCAACAUUGCUCAUAGUUUCUGAUACGGAAAGCUUGUUCGUGAAUCUCCUAGCUUAUGAGCAAUUAAAUUUCAGUACCAGAUAUUUGAAUGACUACAUUGUAAUCAUGAAUCACCUUGUACGCACCCGAAAAGAUCAGGAAAUACUCAUUCAAAAUGGAGUUAUUGAAGAAUAUGUCUGGGAUAGAGAAGGAAGGACAGAUGUUUUUCAGAAGCUUGGCCAAGAGAGUUAUAUAGACCCUCGGUUGUUUAACUAUACGGCUCUUGUUGUACAACUAAACGUCUACAGCAGAACCCCGUGGAACAAGUGGAAGACGGCCUUGAAACAAAAUUAUUUCAACACUCCAUGGGCUUCUAUCUCUGUCAUUGCAGCUGUAAUUCUUCUUGUUCUCACCUUCAUACAAGCAGUUUGUUCUGUCAUUGCUUGUAGCUAUUUCUUGAUCAUUAAUUUGUACCUUUCCAAGGACUUCAUUGAUAUGCCAGUUUAA